CACUGACCUAGAGCACGAAGCAGAAAGACAACAAGAGCUGCUAUUCAAAACAAAGAGGGGACGCUAGAAACACAACAGAUUCUUACCACAGAAGCUCCACUUUUUUUUCCUCUGGGCACUACGAGGUGUUCAGUUGACUUUCCUUUGUUACCUUUUGCAGCAAUAUAGGUCUCAUAAUGAGAUGCUGUACUUUAGUUUUGUUUUUGGUUUUGGGGGUUUGCAUGGAGAAGGGAUGGAGCAUUCCUCUCAAGCCCAUCUUUGUUACCUUCCCAGGAGACACCAUCAAACAAAUGACUGAUAUGGAGCUGGCAGAAGAUUAUUUGAAGAAAUUUGGCUACAUGCAAACUUUGCAACGCAGUGGCUUCCAGUCUAUGGUGUCCACUGAAAAAGCCUUGAAGAGGAUGCAGAGGCAGAUGGGGCUGGAGGAGACUGGACAGCUGGAUCAGCCCACCCUGGAUGCAAUGAGACGACCUCGCUGUGGGGUCCCUGAUGUGGCCAACUACAAAACGUUUGACGGAGACCUCAAAUGGGACCAUAAUGACAUCACUUACAGGAUCAUCAACUAUUCACCGGACAUGGAGAGCUCCUUGAUUGAUGACGCCUUUGCCCGAGCCUUUAAGGUGUGGAGUGAUGUGACUCCUCUGACUUUCACCCGCCUCCUUGAUGGAACAGCUGACAUCAUGAUAUCUUUUGGAAAACUCGAUCAUGGAGACCCCUACCCAUUUGAUGGGAAGGAUGGUCUUCUGGCUCAUGCCUAUCCACCUGGUGAGGGUCUGCAAGGAGAUGCCCACUUUGAUGAUGACGAACACUGGACCCUGGGAACAGGAACAGUCGUGAAGACUCGCUAUGGGAAUGCGGAUGGUGCCCUGUGCCACUUCCCCUUUAUUUUUGAGGGUAAAUCUUACACCACCUGCACCACUGAGGGCCGCACAGAUAACCUGCCCUGGUGUGGCACCACAGCCGACUACGACAAGGACAAGAAGUAUGGGUUCUGCCCCAGUGAACUUCUCUACACAUUUGGAGGAAACGCUGGGGGAGCAGAGUGUGUCUUCCCCUUUGUCUUCCAGGGGAAGGAAUAUGACAGCUGUACCACAGAGGGCCGCAGUGAUGGCUACCGCUGGUGUGCUACCACAGACAACUUUGACAGGGAUGUGAAAUAUGGAUUCUGUCCCAGUCGUGAGACUGCUGUAAUCGGCGGAAAUUCUGAGGGAGAGCCCUGCCACUUCCCCUUUGUGUUCCAGGGCAAAUCGUAUGACUCCUGCACCAGUGAGGGACGAGGAGAUGGAAAGUUGUGGUGCAGUACCACUGACGACUACGAUGACGACCAGAAAUGGGGCUUCUGUCCCGACCAAGGUUACAGCUUGUUCCUGGUAGCCGCCCAUGAGUUUGGACAUGCCCUGGGCCUGGAUCACUCCAGCAUCAGGGAGGCUCUCAUGUACCCCAUGUACAGCUACGUAGAGGACUUCUCCCUCCAUGAAGAUGACGUUGAAGGCAUUCAGUAUCUCUAUGGAAGAAAAACUGGCCCUGAUCCCACACCACCUCAGCCCACCACUGACUACCCAGACACUGAUGACACCGACGCAACAGAGGAGCCUGAACCCACCGAGCCCAGCACUCCCACCACAACCCCUGUGGAUCCAACCAUAGAUGCCUGCAAGGUCCCAAAAUUUGACACCAUCACAGUGAUUGAGGGAGAGCUGCAUUUCUUCAAGGACGGACAUUACUGGAAGAUGCCCAGCAAGCAAAACGGAGAGCUCAUGGGACCAUUUUCUAUCUCUAAGAGGUGGCCACAUCUACCAGCUGUCAUUGACUCUGCUUUUGAGGAUCUUCUGACCAAGAAAAUGUACUUCUUCUCAGGGCCACAGUUCUGGGUUUACACAGGCCAGAAUGUUCAUGGUCCUCGCAGUUUGGAGAAGCUGGGCCUCCCCAGUAGUGUUCAGAAGGUGGAGGGGGCACUGCAGAGGGGGAAAGGAAAAGUGCUGCUUUUCAGUGGGGAGAACUUCUGGAGGCUUGAUGUGAAGGCCCAGAAAAUUGACAGAGGAUACCCCCGAUACACAGAUUCAGUCUUUGGUGGAGUCCCUAAUGAUGCUCAUGAUGUGUUCCAAUACAAAGGUCACAUCUAUUUCUGCAGGGAUCGAUUCUAUUGGCGUAUGAAUUCCCGAAGGCAGGUGGAUCGCGUUGGUUAUGUGAAAUACGACCUUCUGAAGUGCACCGAUGCCUCAAGCAGUGGAUAUUGAAGGAGAUAUUAACAAGUGCAAGAAAGCAUCUGUAAUGUGGUAGCAAAUUAUGUCUCUCUCCUGCACAGGUGACCAGGAGAAUGUGAUGCAGCAUUUGGGCAAAGCACCUGUUGUAUAAUUUGUGUGCGCUUUCUGGGAUGUGAAUAAUAGUCAUUUCUGAUGUUGGCUAAAACUUCUACAGCACUGGCCUACAAACAUUGUGAAGGUUCAGUUCAGGAAAGCAAUGCCUCUGUCUGCCUUCUGUCAGAUAAUCUGUGAACUGGUAGGUUAUGGUGGCAUAAAAUUAAACUCCCAUAACCAUUAUUUAAUAUUCUAUAAAAGAAUAUAUAGGCUAGCUGGGUCAUUCCAGACUUCCUAAAUAAUUUUCCAUGUCUGACAGGUUCAGACUUAUAACAGUAUUGGAUUAUUUUAAUAUUUAUAGCAAUAUCUAAUAAUAUUUUUUGUGUUCUAAAGCUUGUGUUUUGUAUAUGUGUAUGUAUUUCUGAAUUUGGCUGAGAUGCCGGUUAUGUUGCACUGGAUGACAACGCAUGUCUCCUUCACUGAGUAUUUAUGAAAAUUAAAUUUUUGUAUUAAAUCUAAAACCUUCAAUGCAAUAAAAACUUCAUGACAAAUACCUAA